AUGGGCAAGAUUAAGAUCGGAAUCAACGGUUUCGGAAGGAUCGGGAGGCUCGUCGCCAGGGUCGCCCUCCAGAGCGACGAUGUCGAGCUCGUCGCCGUCAACGACCCCUUUAUCACCACCGAGUACAUGACCUACAUGUUCAAGUACGACACCGUUCACGGCCACUGGAAGCACAGUGACAUCAAGCUCAAGGACGACAAGACGCUGCUCUUUGGCGAGAAGCCAGUUACCGUCUUCGGCGUCAGGAACCCUGAGGAGAUCCCGUGGGGUGAGGCUGGUGCCGAUUACGUUGUGGAGUCCACCGGUGUCUUCACUGACAAGGACAAGGCCGCUGCUCACUUGAAGGCUGUUGGCAAGGUUCUUCCUGAGCUGAAUGGCAAGCUUACCGGUAUGUCUUUCCGGGUUCCCACUGUGGAUGUGUCAGUUGUUGAUCUCACUGUUAGAACCGAGAAGGCUGCAUCAUACGAUGACAUCAAGAAGGCUAUCAAGGCUGCAUCUGAGGGAAAACUCAAGGGGAUCAUGGGUUAUGUCGAGGAAGAUUUGGUCUCCACUGACUUUGUCGGUGACAGCAGGUCGAGCAUCUUUGAUGCCAAGGCUGGAAUUGCUCUGAACGACCAUUUCGUCAAGCUCGUCUCGUGGUACGACAACGAGUGGGGUUACAGGGCGCGCACAUGGCAGAAGGUGCGUGGGCGCGACCCAGAGACGUGCACGCUGGUGGUUCCGGCGAGGGCUACUGGUGCCGGCGUGGAUUUGGUGGUAGAAAUCAAGAAGGAGCAUCAAGUGUUGAUGGUUAACAUGACCACUAGUUUUAAGAAAAAGGGCAAAGGAAAGAAGGGGAACUUCAAGAAGAAUAGCAAGCAAGUUUCUGCUCCCGGGAAGAAGCCCAAGUCUGGACCUAAGUCUGAAACCGAGUGCUUCUACUACAAAGGGACUGGUCACUGGAAGCGGAGCUGCCCCAAGUAUUUGGCGGAUCAGAAGGAUGGAAAAGUGAAAGGUGGCUUCUUCGUCGGUAUGGUGGCUCCACUGAACUCUGCAAAACUUGAUGACCUUGCUACGUGUAACUCGGCCGGCAAACUCGAGAAUCUUGAUGGGUUUCUCCUCGUAGGUUAG